AUGGACGUCUACUACUUCUACAGCUACGGCACUGCCGCUUGGUUGGCCACACAGGCUGCACCACUCAUCGCUAGCCCCACGAUGAUUGCCGCGCUGCUCUCCCCGGAAGUGCGUGACGCUACAAUGCUUGAAGUCUACUUCUCCCGCACGCUCGGCUUCACCCUACUCACGGUGGGCGUGCUCACCGUUCUGCUCACCGGCUCUGUCCCGCUUUCGAGUAGUCUUGCAGAAGGUGUUUCAACAGAGAAUACCGACCCCAAAGCCCCCUACGCGCUUCCCACCCUGACCAUCACCGCUCUCUUCCACGCCGCCACCGCCUUUCAUUGCUACGGAUUGUGGACCGAGACGGGCGUCACUUCGUUCAGCCUGGGAAGCUUUGGCUCUGGGUUCUUUGCAUUGGUUGCGCUGUGGUGUAUUCUGUUUGCCAGCAGCAACGGCAAGAUCAGCCGGAAGACGGGCGCGGACAAGAGGACGAGUGGGUUUCCUUUCAAGAAUAACGAGGCCGACAAGAGAAAGGCCAGGUAG